AUGGCAGAGUUUGUGCGUUUUGAAUGGAAAAGUUCUCGAACAUACAUUAUUCAACAAGGAACAAGGCAAGGGGGUGCUCUCUCGCCAUGGCUUUUCCUGGUUUUCAUUGAUGACCUGAUUGAGGAGUUACAGCGUACGAACGCUGGAAUUUCUCUGAACACUGUUUAUCUUGGAUCGCCUAUGUUUGCAGACAACUUGACUAUGCUUUCGCGAAAGAAAUCAGGGCUGGACAAAAUGUUACAGACUUCGUGGGAAUAUAGCAACAAAUGGCAAUUCACGUUUAAUAUUAAGAAAACUGUUGUCCUAACUUAUGGUGAGAAUCAAGAAGAGCACGGUACAAAUCGCGCUAUUAGAAAAUGGAAACUUGGCUCACUGGAUAUAAGUGAAAAGAAUACAUGGUCAAAUUUGGGAAAAAUCUGGGAUACAAACAAACAUUCUUCAGCAGCUGUUUUAAGCGCAGUCGUUAGAGGGAG